GUAGAUAAGAACUAGUUGCAGGAUCAACGGACCCAUUCUGGGCUUGCAAGCCGCGCUGGUAAUUGACGUUGUCUCAUGGGCCGAGUUGGACGAGGCCCAGUCGUAGCUUGGUCCAGUUGCUCAGGGGCCAGCUCCUCCAGGUCGCUGACAAAAUGGCAGCCCAUUCCAUCAACGAAAAGGCCCACUGAACACGGACCGGAAGGCAGCCAUUUCUCUUCAGUAUGGGCCGCCGCCGCCACCCGCUGCCUCCUCCCCAGCCGCAGACCACCAUGCUCGCCGCAGCUCUGCUUCCGCGGCCACGCUGCCUACUACCUCCGGCCGCUGGCCGGCGCGCUGCCGCUUCCCUGCUUCCCGCUGCAGCCGCUGCUCUCCCCCCCGCCGGCCGCUGGCCACGUGAUAGCGCUUCGAUGGAGGCUGACCUCCUCUCCUCGAUGGUACGGCCGGCGCAUAUUCUUCCUCGGCUCUGGCCACCGGCGGCGACCUCUGGCUGUUGGGGAAAAACAGGUAGCCACAUGGCAGUGGUUAGGCUCGUCAGGACCUUGCCGAAAGCUCGGGCCGAGCUUGGUUUUCAGACUCGACAGCUUCCCGAGCUCGGCUCGAGAACGGCGAGCUUUUGGCAGCCGGCUCGGCUCGCGUCCAUCCUGAAUGACAAUUGACACACCACGUUCUCCCUCAGAAAGUAUCUCCCAAUUGGUCCUAGGAUACCAAUGGCUAAAAAGAUGGAGAAGAUGAGAGUCGACCUGGAGGUGAUCACAGAUCAACACAAGAAGUUCAAACUAAUGGCGGACACUAAUGCCAAUGAGCUGAAAGUGGUUGAUAUACGGGAAACAUCAUCAAUGAUGGAAGCCCAGAUCAUCAUUGGGAGGACUGGAGAGAGAGAGAAACUAUUGGCUUCUUUAUCUGAGAGCGUGACUGGAGGGAUGACAAUCCUUCCAAUAUAUGGCAUAGGAGGUCUUGGCAAGACAACCUUAGCUAAAAUGGUUUACAAUAGUAACCAAUUCAAAGACUACUCUCAGGUGUGGGUUUACGUGCCCCAGAUAUUUGAUUUGAAGAAAAUUGGCAAUUCCGUAAUAUCACAACUAUCAGAGAAGGAGAGUCGGUACACCGGAGUGCAAAUGAUACAGAGUUCCCUAUCAAAGCUACUAGCUGAUAAGAAAAUUUUCAUUGUUUUGGAUGACCUGUGGGAGGAUAUGGAAUCUCAUUUGGAUAGUCUCAAGGCUAUGCUAAGGGUCGGGAAGGGCAGUAAGGUGGUUGUUAUAGUAACCACACGUGACGAGGGCAUUGCAAAGAAAAUGUCUACCAUUGAACCACACAAAUUAGCACCAUUGACAGGUGACAUGUGUUGGUCUAUAAUAGAGCAAAAGUGUGACUUUGAAUCUAGACUUGACAAAGAAGAGUUGGAACAAAUUGGAAUGGAGAUUACAAUGAAGUAUAAAGGUGUGGCUUUAGCAGCUCAAUCACUUGGACAUAUGUUGCAUUCUGUGACGUUUGGUGAAUGGGAGUCAGUGAGAAAUAGUCAUAUCUGGGAUGUUGCAAGAUUGUAA